CUGCUCAGAGUGGUUCUUACCUUACACUUCAGGCUCCCAGUAAAUAUAAUGUCAGGCCUAUUUGUUCUUGCUGCAUGGACGUGAAAUCACUUGGCAUCCUGGGAGUUGUGUAAAGGAGGACUAAGCACAACCAGUACUCAGCCUUCAGUCUAAUAAAGUAAAAAAAUAACAAGAUUAAAUAAGCCGAUGCAGGUGAAUAUGCACACUGUGCUGUUUUAUGAUUUACAUUUUGGGUAUAAUGCAAUGGAAACAAAGACAGGGUAUAUAGGGUCAAGCACUAUAAUUAUAUUAACAUUAGUGGCAAAAAAUUGUGGUCUGUGUUUGCUCUAUUUCUAUCAGUGUGGUAAAUCAUUUAUAGAAGCAGGAGAAAGGGCGUGAGGAGGAGGAGCAGCAGCAGCUGAAGGGAACACAGCGGCUCCCCAUGUAGUUAGUUACAACACUUACCUACUGACAAACUGCAGAAGAUUAGUGUUACCAACAGGAAAAUAUGGGGGUCGGAGGUCACUAAGGAAAUUAAUCCAAGGGUUCCCAGAGAAAACGCUGGAUUAUAUGGAAAACUACAUGUCCUGGAUUUACUCAUGGCAUCGUUUCUAUUAGAGUCGCUGCUGUGUUUGCUCCCAUCACUGCUGCCACUCGUCCUGUGUCUGGCUCUCCGGUGGCCUGCAGUACAGUGCUGGACACGGGAGGCGGUCAGGGCUGGAGGAUAUAGUCUCUGGGUCAUUAUUUGCCUGAUCCUGAGGCUGCCAACAAACAGGAGGACAACAACACUGACGGAGGAAGCUGGGUCGAUAAAGACGGACGAUCAGACCUCACAUGAACCCAGGCUCAUCUGCAAACCCACCGCACUGGCUAAAUAUCUACUCCAGAAAUGUGGUUCUUUGGCGAGGCCACAGCUAGCCACCUGGCCCAGGGGAGACCCCCACCUCCAGACCCUGUGCAGCCUCAUGUGUGGACAGGUCGAUGACUCGUUGCAGUUCACUAGAGAUCAGCUGUUACUGCGAGACGGGGGGAUUGUGGCUCUAGACUGGGCUGUUGGAUGGAGGAGGGGGGAGGGGAAGAAGGAGCACCAGUCGGAUGGGAAGGCGCUUGGCUGCUUCACCCGCUCACCUCCUGUCCUCCUCCUCAUCCCUCAGCUUUGGGGAGGGAUGAGCUCCCACCUGAAGCUGCUGUGCCUUCAAGCCACACACCAGGGCUUCUUUGUGGUGGUGCUUCACCAUCGAGGCACAGCAGGGUGUCCACUGACCACAGCCCGGCUGACGGAGUUUGGAGACCCCUCUGAUCUCGAGCAGGCAGUGCAGUAUAUUCACAGCCGCCACCCUUCCUCCUCCCUGGUUGCAGUGAGUGAGGGCUCAGGCUCAGGGAUCCUUCUUUCCUACCUGGGCGAGUGUGGUUCGAGCACAGCCCUGACAGCGGCUGCAGCCAUCUCCCCGGUGCUUCUGGGUCAAGUGUGGUUUGAAGCAGCCGUUCCCCCCAUUUACCACUGGGUGGCGCUGUUUCGCCGGAAAGUGCAGCUCAGUAGAUACGAAAGUACCUUCAGAGGCGUCCUGGACGUGGAUCGGGCCCUCAGAUGUUCUUCUCUCAAAGACUUUGAGGAAACUCUGUUUUGCUCUUCAGCCCAGAUUCAGCAGAGUGCGUCCAGGCCUCCAGUGAGUUCUGUGAACUACGGCCUAAGAUCAGGGUCACAUUCCUGGACACUGGGAGAGAGGAGCCACCCAGCUAAGGACUGGGAGACCUACUGGGACAGGAACGAACCCCUGAGAGACGCAGAUGAGGUGGCCGUCCCAGUGCUCUGCAUCUGCAGCCGUGAUGACCCUCUCCUCCCGCCUGCAUCCACUUUGCCGCUUUCCCUUUUCCAGAGCAAUCCAUUCUUCCUUCUGGUGCUGACUGACAGAGGAGGACACUGUGGCUUUACAGUAGAGGCCCAAGAAGAGAUGCAGGAGGUAAAGGAAGGUUGUUGGAGCCACGUUGUAGUUCUGGAGUAUUUUAAAGCAGUGGCUGAUUUCCUAAAAAGAGAAGACAGCUGGGCUCUAGAGGGGUGUGACCAAACGGAGCAGAGGAACAGGACCAGCCAUGCAGCGCCUCCCCGCAGGAGAAGAACCACCUUGAUGAGGAGACAACGGACACAGGUGCCUGAACGGAGCAGUGUGGACGCGAAGGAUGGAAGCUUCACCUGGAGGAGGUCGUACACACGCUGAGAUGGGAGAGAAGGCAGAUGAUGAUGAUGAUGAUGAUGCCUUUCAAAAGAAACUGGAAAAAAAAAUCUGAAUAGAAAGCAGACAAACAAAUUCAAUUGAGUAAAGAAAUGUUUUAAAUCAA